CGGCACCGUCAUCUUCUGGACUUCGAACGAACCGAGAAGGGUCGUUCCGUCUUCGCACCACGAAGCCGAACCAUCGCAGACGUAGAAUAGUAUAGCAGAGCGCAUAGAAUUCCUCGAGUAAUCUUUCCUAGGUUUUAUCUUCUUCGCAGCAACACCAUGGCGGUUGUUUGGGCGAGAAUACAGCCUUUGCACUAAUGGACCUCGUGAUCGAGGCAGUGAUUCUAUCCAUGUUGCCCUUUCUUUCCCUCUCUCUCUUUUACCUUCCUCUCCUCCUCCGGAGCACACCUGCCUCCAUAUAUACAAGUCACGCGGAAGCCAUGGAAUGAGGACGAACACUGGAGAGAGAGGAUACCGCAAUAAUGGCGGAGAAGUGGAAGACGGGGGUGUUCCAUAUCAUGCCGCUGGCGAUGAUGUGCGGCCACGAGGCGGAGAGGGAGCUGUCGAGGGACGGCAGCCAUUACAGCCUGUCGAGCGGGAUCCUUCCGUCCCUCGGCGCCAGGAGUAAUCGCCGGGUCAAUCUCCCGAGUUUCAUUGUCUCCCCUUACGACCGCAGAUACAGGUCAUGGGAGACGUCUCUUGUCAUUCUGGUCGUUUAUACCGCUUGGGUAUCUCCAUUUGAGUUCGGGUUUCUUGUUAAGUCAAGAGGAGUGCUCGCACUGAUAGAUAACAUCGUCAAUGUAUUCUUUGCCAUCGAUAUUGUUUUGACCUUCUUCGUGGCCUACCUGGACAGAACGACUUACCUGCUUAUAGACAGUCGGAAACAAAUAGCUUGGAGAUACUUGUCCACCUGGUUUAUUCUGGAUGUUGCUUCCACUAUCCCUUCAGAAAUCGCUCGAAAAAUUCUGCCUAAGAAUCUCCGAUCUUAUGGAUUUUUCAACAUGCUUCGGCUCUGGAGGCUCCGAAGAGUCAGCUCACUCUUUGCUAGAUUAGAGAAAGAUAGGAACUUCAACUACUUUUGGGUUCGAUGUGCGAAGCUUAUCUGUGUCACCCUUUUUGCUGUUCAUUGUGCUGGAUGCUUCUAUUAUUUCAUUGCUGCGAGGUAUCCUGAUCCUAGCAGAACAUGGAUUGGGGCCUCUAUUCCGGAUUUCAAUGAGAAAAGCUUGUGGAUCCGUUAUGUGACAUCAAUGUACUGGUCAAUCACCACACUGACUACUGUCGGUUAUGGAGACUUGCAUGCUGAAAAUACAAGGGAGAUGGUUUUCGACAUUGUUUACAUGCUCUUUAACCUUGGGUUGACAGCAUAUUUGAUCGGAAAUAUGACUAAUUUGGUCGUGCAUGGAACUAGCAGAACAAGAAAAUAUAGGGAUACAAUUCAAGCUGCCACAGGUUUUGCACAAAGAAACCGCCUUCCGGUUCGGCUGCAAGACCAGAUGAUCUCACAUCUCAGUUUGAAAUUCAGGACAGACUCUGAAGGGCUUCAGCAGCAAGAAACUCUUGAUGCCCUUCCUAAAGCCAUUCGUUCCAGCAUUUCCCACUACUUGUUUUACUCUCUCGUUUCUAAUGUCUACUUGUUUCGAGGGGUUAACAAUGAUUUGCUUUUCCAGCUGGUCUCAGAAAUGAAAGCCGAAUACUUUCCACCUAGAGAAGAUGUGAUCUUGCAAAAUGAAGCACCUACAGACUUUUAUGUACUAAUCACUGGAUAUAUGGAUCUAAUAGAUCACAGUAGUGGAACAGAACAGAUUGUUCAGUUGGCAAAGUCAGGUGACCUUGUUGGGGAGAUAGGAGUCCUUUGUUACAGACCCCAACUAUUCACAGCACGAACCAGAUCAUUGUGCCAGCUGUUACGGCUAAAUCGUACUACAUUCCUUAGUAUUGUUCAGUCAAAUGUUGGAGAAGGCACAAAAAUAGUUAGUAAUCUGCUUCAGUAUCUGAAAGAUCAGAACGGUGAUCCUGUGAUGGAAGGUGUAUCAAGAGAAAUAGAGAAAAUGCUGACUCAUGGCCGACUGGAUUUGCCUCUUACUCUGAGUUUUGCUGUUAUUAGAGACGAUGAUCUACUGUUGCAUCAGCUCCUGAGACGCGGUUUAGACCCAAAUGAAUCAGACAGUAACGGGCACACAGCACUGCAUAUAGCAGCAUCGAAGGGAAAUGAGCAUUGUGUUUGUCUCUUGCUGGAAUAUGGGGCAGAUCCCAACAGCACAGAUUCCGAAGGAAGUGUUCCCUUGUGGCAGGCUAUGGUUGGGAAGCAUGAGGAUGUUGUCAAAUUGUUGAUAAAAAAUGGUGCUGCUCUCUCAUCUGGAGACAUGGGGUCAUUUGCUUGCACAGCUGCCGAGCAGAACAGUUUAGAGCUACUCAAGGACAUCAUCCGUUAUGGGGGAGAUGUGACGGUGCCCAAGAAAGACAAGACUACGGCUCUCCAUGUUGCUGUCUGUGAAGGCAAUGUCCAACUGGUCGAGUUCUUACUCGAACGAGGAGCUAACAUAGACACCCCAGAUUGCAAUGGUUGGACUCCCAGGAAACUAGCCGAUCAGCAGGGCCAUGAAGAAAUAAAACGUCUGUUUGAAGCAAAGAAGGACUUUGCCACCAGUUCUGUACCUGCGUCAACACCUGCCUCCCACUCCGUUGGAAGAUACAGUAGUGAGCCUGCAAUUCGACUCUCUUCCAACGAGGAUAGGCCAGACUUGUCUUGGGAGAGGAGUGAUCGGUUGCGGAAGACGAGCUUCCAUAACUCGCUGUUUGGAAUCAUAUCAGCUGCUCAUGUCAACAGGCAGAUUCAUAGUCGAUUGCUCACAUCUGUUGGCCUGCUGAAGUCCACCGGGAUGUUCAAUGGUAGUAGUUGUCACGGUAUACCCCUACUCCGUGUAACAAUUAGCUGUCCCGAGAAAGGAAACACUACUGGCAAACUUGUCUUGAUGCCAGAUUCAUUGCCGGAGCUUCUUGACAUUGGUUCUAAGAAAUUUGACUUCUUGCCCACUAGAAUCCUCACAAAAGAUGGAGCAGAGGUGGAUGAUGUAAAAUUGAUCAGGGACGGUGACCACCUUGUUCUAGCGAGUGAUGCUUGGAUGGGAUAAGGCAGCAGAAGAAAGGUGGGAUUUACAUUACGACUCACUGGUAAUCAUUAGUCAUAGGUAUCAGCAACUCUGGAAUGGGUCUCAUGUUGGAAUGUAUCAUCAUGAAAUCACAUGAAUAAAAUAAUAUUCCAAUG